AUGGGAUUUUUAACCGAACACGAGCACGGGAAAUCGAAAGUCCGCUUGGGACGGACGUGGAGAGAUGCGAAAGAAAACGCGCAUUAUUUCGUCGAGUGGGAGGUGUGCGUUCGACUCAUAUCGCCGGAAAUGGAAAAAGCGUACACGAGCGGAGAUAACGGUGGGAUGACGACCACGGAUACGACGAGAAAUAUGUGUUACGUGGUCGCGCAAAGAUGUAAAGAGCGCACGUCUAUGGAGGAGUACGCCAUCCGUCUCGCGAGAACGUUUAUAGAAACGUAUCCGCUCAUAGACGGGGUGUCGGUGACGGUGGACCAAGCGCCGUGGGAGCGGGCUAAAGUCAGAGGAGGUGUCGAGCACAGUCACGGUUUUACGUUUAGUAGCGGUAUACGCACGUGUUUCGUGAACGUAAUGAGAGAACGAAUGGAUCGUCCAACCGUAACGAGUGGGUUGAAAGAUUAUCGGGUGUUGAAAACGACGCAAAGCGGCUACGAAGGAUAUAUCAAGGACAAGUUUACCAAACUCGGUGAAACGAAUGAACGGAUUUUAGCGACUGCUAUUGAUUGCGUGUGGACGUACGACUUGGAAGGAGGAAUUGAUACCAGUAAACGGAAAGGAUGGUUCGGUAAUAACAAUUCUAGUAACAACAACAACAUUGAUUACGAUUUAGUCUACCAGCGAGUGCUCGAAAACAUCAAAGACCAGUUCUUCGGCGACGCGCAGAGAGGCGUGUAUUCGCCAUCGGUGCAAGCGACGUUAUACAAUAUGGGCGAUGCGAUCGUAAACAACAUCAAAGAAGUGAAAGACGUGAAAUUUACGUUACCAAACAUCCAUUUCAUACCGAUGACGCCAAACGGAGGAGACCAUAAAUUCAACGACGACGUAUACAUUGCCACAUCGGAGCCGCACGGUACGAUUGCGGCAACGGUAUCGAAGAGAAACGAAACAGCCGAAAUUCGGUCUCGGCUAUAA